AUGUGCAUACUAGCUGGAAAUACAUGCAUCAACUUUCGACCAGAUGAAAAUUUCAUCAUCCUUCGUGUUGUGCUGACGGCGGUUGCUAAAUUUCAUAAUACUAGCAGGUACGAAAGCAGCGCUGCAGCUCGGCCUAGGUGCUGGUCAAGGAGCUCCUCGAGGCACCGGAGGUCGACUAGGUGCUGGUCAAGGAGCUGCAGCUCGGCUAGUCAUGCUGGUCAAGGAGCUCCGCGAGGCGCUGGAGCUCGGCCAGGCACUGGUCCAGGAGCUUGGCGAGGCGACGCGUCUAGAGCAGAGGGACGGAAGCGGGCCGACGGCGAGGGGCCUGGAGCAGGAGCUUCGGCCGGCAGCGGCAGAGGGCCUCGAGCAGUAGCUCCGGCACGGGCGGAGGGCCUCGAGCAGGAGCUCCGGUGGCCGCUAGCGGAAAGCCUGGAGCAGGAGAUCUGCACCACAAAGCUCACGAGAGGAUUGAGAUCGUGGGUGGAUCGCGGGCAAGUGCGGAGAUCAUGGGGAGGUGGGAUCGUGGGCAGGUGCGGAGAUCACGGGGAGGUGGGAUCGUGGGCAGGUGAGGAGAUCACGGCGAGCUGGAAUCGCGGGCAAGAGCUGGGAUCACGGCGAGCUGGAAUCGCGGGCAAGAGCUGGGAUCACGGCAUGGGAAAGGGGAUCGCGGGGAUCACGACACUGCUAUAUUUCGGGACGGAGGGAGUACAUUGCAGUCUGUUAGCAAGGAGCAUCAAGAGUUCCUGAGCCUUGUCAACAAGGAG